AUGGACAAACAGGUAGUUGGUUCUAAAUCUGAAGAUGUAACAGAGACGGAUGAAGCUGAAAAAGAACUAGAGGAAGUGAGGCUAGAGUCAAAGAAGCAUAGAUUGGCAGCUAGCGAAAUGAACAAAUAUCACACUGAGAUUCAGGAAAUUUUCAAGCAAGUAAAGAUUAAUAUUCCACUCUUGGAUGCCGUACAACAAGUGUCGUUGUAUAUAAAAUUUUUGAAUGACUUGUGCAUUGUGAAGAAGAAAGCCUUCCUAACAGAGCAAGUUAGUGCACUGAUAUUGAACAAGACUCCUCAGAAGUUUGGAGAUCCCAGCUCUCCCCACAUUUCCAUUAUGAUUGGUGAGUCACGCAUUGAGAGAGCUCUACUUGAUCUGAGGAGUAGUGUGAACUUGCUACCAUUCUCAGUGUAUGAGCAGUUGGAAUUGGGUAAGCUGAAAAAGACCUUCAUCAUACUACUGUUGGCUCACAGAUCAGUUAAAGUGCCAAGAGGUAUAGUUGAAGAUGUGCUGGUCUAUGUGGACAAAUUUUACUACCUAGUGGAUUUUGUAGUUUUUGACAUACAGCAGCCAAUCUCCACUAUUCACCAUGCGCCUGUCAUCCUUAGACCCCCAUUUCUUGUUACCUCUAAUGCACUUAUCAAUUGUCGAAGUGGAGUACUAAAUCUCAUUUUCGGGAAUAUGACAUUGGAGAUAAAUGUGUUCAAUGCUUGCAAGAUACCUAGUGGAUGCGGCAAUUCAGAUGUGCAUGUUGUUGAUAUGGUGUAUGAUUUUGACAUUUCGGAGUUGUUAUCAGUAUUUGAUUACGAGAGUGCAUCUGAGGAUGGCUUUCCUGAGCAGUCUAAGGUUCUUGUUGAGACAAUUCCAACGUCAUUAGAAUUAACAUAA